UUCAAUGAUUUGUGUGUAGCCAAUAAAGUUCUUAGAUGUUUAAUCAUAUUUUAUUUACAGGAACUUCAGUCAUCUGUGGAAAUGCAAGUGAAAAUAAAACCACUACUGCGAGUGCGUCGACUGUGGCUGGUAGCAGCACUUCCCUCUCAUCUGCUACCACCCCCCUACUUUCCACUAUUUCCUUUGUCACAUUGUCUACUACUCCUGAAACAAUAACAACUGAUACAACAGAGCCCACCCCACAAGCAACUACUGAAUCAAAUGAAACAACAACAGUAACGGUACCUGUAACAUCUGCUACUGUUACUAAUGUAACAACUGGUCAAACAUCAACUGUAGGAAACUCUAGUACUGCUGUAUCAACAACAACAGCACCACCAUCAACUACUGCUGCAUCACCUACCACUGGGACACCACUUACUACUGCUGCCCCAAGCCCUUUCCCAUCUCAAAAUGAAUACACAGUGUCUGAAAAUGGUGUCAUUUGUUUGAAAGUUGAUAUAAAAGCCUACUUUAAAAAGGGCGAAGCAGUGUUAGAGAAUGUUACUUCAUUGUACAAAGUUGACAAUAGCAGUAGCUCAUGCAGCUUAAUUGAUGUUGUUUAUAUGGAAAAUGAAUUUUCAAUGACCUUUAAAAUGGAUACGAAAAAUUCUUCUUUUUACCUGAGUUAUGUAAAAGCAAACUUAAAUGGAAUUGAAGCAAAUUCAACUCAACUCACAGUUGGUAAAGUGGCAUUGAAAGCUUCAUACAUGUGUGCAUCGGGUAUAGAAGUGAAAAUGAGCAAUAACAUCACUAUGGUGUUGGAAUAUGUACAAUUUCAAGCAUUCAAAAUUGACAAUGGAAAAUAUGGAAUUGCAACAAAGUGCCAUUCGGAUCUCAGUUCAAUUAUUCCAAUAGUAGUUGGUUCGGUGUUGGCGGGGUUGAUACUUGUAGUAAUUUUGGCUUAUGUCGUUGGACGACGCAGAAGUCGAACGGGCUAUGAGGAAAUCUAAGACACGAUUUAGAUUUUGCCUUCCGUUACAAAAUGCUUCAACUUCGCUUUUUUGUUUUCGAUACCUUUUGCAGUGAAACUAAUUUGAUAAAGAUUACUAGUUAGUUUCAUCGCAAGCCUAGCCUUUUGAUCUGUCACAAGAACUAUAUGACAUAAUGUAUCUGUUCAUAUACCAUACAUGCACAAGCAUAAUAUGCAUUUUCUUAUGUUGUUUAUAAUUUUUAAUCAUAAAGUUUGAACAGAAGGGUGGUUGGUUCUCAAUUGAAAGUAAAUUUCCUUUAAUAUCCAGCAUUGUAUCCCUUUGAAUAUUUUUAAAUAAUACUUGAAAUUCUGUUUUUUUUAAAGUGAGGUGGUAUGAUUGGGCUAUUUUGUGGUUUGCGUAAGUGUUGUGCAAUUGUUGAUGCACUCGUCUCGUGACUUGUUACUACAUUAGUUAAUUAUUAGUCUAUCUAUGCGAUGCCACACUGAGCGAAUUGACUUGAAUAAUUUUAAAUUAUAAGUCAAUAAGCAUACGUUGCACUGCAGGCACAUGAAAAUAUUAAUGUCUAUUUGUGGUUGUACCAAUUAAGAAUAUGUCACACGCACACAAUCAUAGUCGUUAAACUCUUACAAAUGUGGGGGCCGUUAUAGUUAGACAUACAAACAAAUUACAUCUAAUUGGGUAUAAUACUUACUUGUGAUUAAUUCAGUGUAUAAAAUUCCAUGAUUGGCCCGCCUAACCUGCAACUCCUGGUUAGGUGGCUAUGGCCACAAUACAUCUCAACAUGUUGAAAUGUUCUGCUACAUGUUCUUGUGCGAUAUUUUGUGUCACAAGAACUGUAUUAUCAAAUAACGGAUUCCUAAUAAUUAUGUCAAACAGUGUAAUAAUAAUAUAUGAACACAUUUUGUAAAUUAAUAUCUUUAGUUUACCACGGAAAACAAACUAACAAAUUUUUUUUUUCCCCUUUACACACCAAUCUUACAUGAACAUACACUCGACACUUCAUAACACAACCAUGCACAAACAGCCCAGAUAUGCGGAGGUGACAUUGGAAACAACGUAAUCAUUCCAAUUGCUGUUGGAUGUGCCCUGGGUGGUCUCAUCAUCAUAGUAAUUAUCGCCUAUUUGAUUGGCCGACGUCGCAUGAAGCACAGAUAUGAAGCAAUGUAAAGGAUUGCCACGUAAGCCAAACAUUGCGAUUUCAGAAUUCAUUACAAACAUCAUAUAAUAAAUUGAGGAUGGUGGUAAAUAUUCUGUUUAAUGGGGGUGAUAAUUUUCUGUUGAACUUAACAAUGUUGUCAUGUUAGGUGGUAUUUCUUAUAACUUAAAGGUUGUGUUUAAGUGAAUUUGUCUGAAUAAAUUUUGUCGCUGUUUCAAGCUUGUGGUUAAGGAUUGCUUUAGUUUCGUUUAGUUCAUGAUAUCAUUGUGAUUUAAAAUACCUUUGAUGAUGGUAAACUUACAUCCAUUGGUAAUACUGUCAGUGCUUCGAUCAGCACAAUUUUUUUUUUUUUUAGUGGUUGCAUAUUUUUAUUAUGGUAAACAUUAACACCUGCGCAAAUUGUACCACCCACUUGAUUUCUCGAGAUUUGAAUGACUGUUGAUUAAUUGUAGUCCUCAUGUAUUGUAAUAUUGCAGCUGUGUUUAUUUUAAACCCACACACAAAAAGUCUUCUUUGAAUAUUAAUCCGAUUUUAAAAAGCUGUAUAUUCUGAUAUAUAAUAACUAGAUAAAUGAACAUUCGACCACUGAACUGGUGUAAUGUUAAUAUGUUUACUUGAUCGUUGCGUGAUGUCGGAGGUAGACGUCAGCUGUUACCUGUUAAUAAUUUACAGGAUUGAAUGCUGGAUAUUAAAUGUCAAGAUAACAAUGCCUUUUUCUUCCAAAACAAUUUACAACAAUAACACUUUCGGACUUUUACCAGACAUACUUUCACUUCAUGCUGUAACUUAAACAUCAUAUUCACAACUUUAAAUGUUUUUGGAAUAAGAAAUUUGAAAUUGGAUUUGUUUUUUAAAUUUUCAAUAUUUAUGUUCACUGCUGUGUUGCUCUUUGAACAAAAUUGUUCUUCGCACUUGAGAUUGUAAAAAAUAUAACACUCAAACAAACAAUUUUCAUUGCUUUACUGUCGUGUCAUUUUAAUUUAAAUAUUUUUCGUGUAACUCAUGUAAAAUAAAUUUUCACUUCAG